UUACUAAACCUAUGCCUGGCUGCUGCAGCAGUGACAUGUGGUUUUGGGGUAACUCUGAUGUAAACAGUGUCUUCAACCAAUCAGGUGCAUUGUCCCGCCCCUAAGCCUGCUUUAGCCUCAAGUGAUUGGCUGCCUCCUGUCAGAUGCUUAGCAUUAUUGCUAGUGAUCGCAGCUUGUUACCUGCUCUCUCUGUAAGUACAUUUUUCAGCUAAAUAUUACAGCUUUAUGGUUAUCAUUUAUAAAUAGGGAGGAAUUGCACAUCUUGUAGCAUUAUUUAUUUAGCAGCAGGCAGAGAUUUCUGCACAUUCCCUGUGCCACUGACAGUGCUAAAGAGCCAGGAUGGCAGUUAAUGGCAGUUGGGCAGCAGCUUCAUGGAUGGAAAUAUUAAAAUAUAGCAACACAAAUGUGUAGGGAUCUGUCAGUAUCACUUUGAUUAGUUGUGUCUGUUCUUUUGAAGUGGCAGUUGCCAUAUUCUAUACUCAUUUAGGAGGGUGUCUAGCCAACUGCCAAACUCUGUUGGAUGAUGGUGGGAGUUGUAGUUUAGUAACAGCUACAGGGCAACAGGUGCUGCUGAUAAUGUGUAUUUUCUCACACACCUACACUCAGGGGCAUAUUUAUUAUAGUGUGUAAGCCAAUAUCACCAUCUGGGAGCUGGAAAUCUGCUGCAGGGCCACAGGUUGGAGCCCAAAUGGAAACCAAUAAACCUUACAAUCAUGUUAAAAUCUAAAGUUAUGUCAUUGGUACUUUUACACCAUAUCAACAGUUUCCCUUUGGCUUCUCCUACCCACAAAUACAGGAAAAUUGGAUAUAUCUGGGCUUUGGUGUGACUACAGUUAUUAUGGAUCUAAUAGGGAUGUAUCAGUAUCACUUUGAUCUGUUUUUUGUCUGUGUGUCUGUCACUUUGUAGCGGGGCCAUAGUUGCUGCUAAUCUGUAUUUUCUCAUACACCUGCAUUAAGUCAACCAAUGCCCUUUCUGGACCCCACACAAUAGAGAUGGUUGGAGUGGCCUCAGUAUAAGAGCAGCUCCCAGUGGGCUUCAGCCAAGAACAAUUCCCAUCAGCCCUUUGCCUCCAUUUUAGCUGCGCAAGAUACCAAUCUCUCUUCUCUAUUACAGGAGAAAAAGUGAUGGGUUGCAAGAAAAGCAAAGUCGAGGUAAGGCUGCUCACGUUUCCUUUUGUCCUUUUACCUGGGAUAAAGAAUAUGGCGGCACUGGCAUGGGAGGGUGUGAGAGUUCAGGGCAAAAUGGAUGGAAGGCCAGGAUCAAACACCUUGGCCCAUGGAGCUCUACUUAUAUAAAUGAGACAGAUAAUUACACACACACGUUAUACUGAUACAACAAAUUCUACGCAAUUGGCACUUUCAUCCUUAAUUAAUGGCCACAAAAUACAUUUUUUCAUACCCAGGAUUUUGCAGUAUAAUGGCAGAAUAUUUUUUACCACAAUGAAUAAAUGAGAAACAAUCAUCUGAACUGGUGGGGGAGUGUAUUAUAAAAAAUAUUACAACUUAAUUUUUUCUUUCUGCAGAACUCAGUUCUUUCUAUUAAGCAUGAAAAUGCUUUUGUGGAGAUUCUAGAGAUCACCGAUGUGCGUGACUCUCUGGUGGAGUUUACUGCCACCUUAGAGCUGCCCGACCACCUGGCACAGCCAUCGUUCCUAGGUAAGUGUGACCAAUACUAAAAAGCACAUUUUAAUUUCCAAAAUUAGAGUUACACAUCUGGGAAACCAAUUUCAGUUCUGAUAAGGACCCCACUGCCAGAUAAUAAUGACAUCUGUGGUGUUUUUAUUCUUGUAGAAUCUCCACUUCCUGCUGGGUAUGAAGAGGACCCUGGCUCUUCCCACAACAUCGGAGGGGCCAUUCCUCUUCAUGAGCCUGAGGCUGAGCCAGCAGAGACUAUCCCCAUGGAUACAGCCAGCCCCACCAAUUUCAACUGGCUUUCAUUCGUAAGUACAUUGUAUGGGUGUGAAAUAUAUACAAACACACACAUGUAAUUGUUGGAUUCUUACUAUGCUUUACCUCUGUAGGAUGCCAAGGUGGAGGUCCCUGGGGUAGUUAUUACUUCAGAGGCCCUGGUGAAGAUUUGCGUGAAAGCAAAUAAAUAUGUACCACCAUACGAGCCACCAGCGAUGCCAUUUUUAUUGGGUAAGUUGGAUCGUACACUGACACCUUGAAAUUUAUGAUAUGGUUACUCAUAUUAUUCUUAGUACAUUUAUGUGAAUUUUAUGGACAUUUAUGUUUCAUUACAAUAGGAUACUUAUAUAUUUAUAGAGGAGAGUAUUUAUACUUUUUAUAAAGUGUAGGUCUAAUAUUGUUAUAUUGUAAUAAACUGUAUCAUCAUGUUGAGACUAUAUUGUUCCAUUUCUGCUUUCAUUUCAGAAGCUCCUGAUUGUGAUGCUGGCACGUCCAAUAACAGCGGACACAUUGUUCCCAAUCAGGAGCAAGAGUCUGAGCCAAAGGAAGAUAAUUCCACCUCUUCCAGUCUUCCAUCAGAAGUAAGUAGAUUCUACAGAUAUUAUUCUUUAUUCUUUGCUUCAGGGUUCUCAUUCAUUCUCAGUGGUGCACAUAUGAAAUUCAUGCAAUGUUUAUUCUGCGCAUAAUACUCAUUUGUCCUUUGUUUGCAGCUCAACAUCUCUGAAUUUGGCUCAGAUGUUGCCAAUAAAAUACAGGGCGCAGAAGGACCAUCUACCAGGUAUCUGAUUUGGGGCAUAUUCUCUUGUUUUGGUUUAGAAUUGUAAGUUGCUUAUAUAUUAAAAUAUUAAUAUUGCCUAAUUUGCACUGUUUGUAAAGCUUAAUUCUAUUAUAGUUCCCUUCUCAUUAGAGGGUUAUCAAUAACUGGCCAAUACCCUCUGGUGAUUGGAUGCUACAAAAAGUCACCAAAUAAACUGUAUAUUAGAUUAUUGUUGUCUGUAAACAUGAACAAAACAUAUAUUACAUUUUCUUUAUUUUAUUUUUCAGCCCUGUUGAGCCUGGAUCUCCCUCACUUGAUCAAUUCAACCUGGGUCAAGUGUUGGGAGAAGGAGGAUUCGGGAAGGUAUUCCUAGCCGAGCACAAGAACACCGAAGUGCUAUAUGCCAUCAAGGCCCUGAAAAAAGAACACGUUUUAGAAAAGGGCAAUUUGGACAGGUCAGUGAUAGGGGAGAGAUUAAUAUUGGUCAUAUCUGUGUCAUCUUUUCUUGUUAUAUUCAGCUUUAUAUGUAGGACAGUUUUCUCUUUUUAUAUUUAGUAUCUGUUUUACCUCACAUUCCUUUAAAUCAUUUGCAUUUGGUUAUUAUCUUCUGUAUUGCCCUGUGUCUGUUCAUAAGGGUAAAGGGUCAGUGUAAUGUUCCCUUGUGUGGGCCUCACAUGGUGAUAAUGGGAUGAUUUUCCCCACAGUGUCUUCCAUGAGAAGGAAAUCCUCCAGACGGUAAGUUCUUCUAACCACCCGUUCCUAGUGUCAUUACAUGGAACCUUCCAGACGGCGUCUCACCUUUUCUACGUCAUGGAAUAUCUACCUGGAGGUGACAUGUUUGACUUCAUAAGAUCAGUGGAACUAGAAGAACCGGACGUCAUGUUUUACACCGCAUGCGUUGUCCUUGGCCUGGAGGCAUUACAUCAGCUUGGCAUUGUCCAUAGAGAUCUAAAGCUGGAGAAUUUGCUGUUGGACCGGGAUGGCUACCUUAAGAUCGUAGACUUCGGCCUCAGCAAAGACAGAUUUGGAUACAGCGACCGCACUAACACCGUGUGCGGAACAAGAACAUACAUGGCCCCUGAGAUCUAUCUGAAACUUGGAUACGGCAUGGCCGCUGACUGGUGGGCCCUAGGAAUUACUGUUUACAUCAUGCUCCUGUAUGAGUUACCAUUCAACAACAAGGAUCCGGUUGAGCAAAUGAGUAGCAUCCUUUAUGAUGACAUCGAGCUGCCCGAAGAGCUAUCAGAGGAUGCCUCCACUCUAAUACAAGAACUGUUAGAGAAAGAUCCUGAAUUUCGCCUCGGUUCGGGUGACGCCGGGGCUGAAAUGAUUAAAGAGCACCCCUUCUUUAAAGAUAUGGACUGGGACCAUCUGUUGCAGAGAAGGAUUACGGCUCCAUAUGUACUGGGCAACGAAGACCUGGAGAGCCAAGAGAACCCUGGAUGCCAAGCUCCAGCACUGCCACCAACUGCUGCAAGGAUUCCAUCAGAGUUGCAAGAGGCAUUCAGAGGAUUCUGAAAGAACAACAAUAACACCUGAAGGAACAUCUGAUAAGUAGACGGAAUAGAUGGGGAGGGUGGAGGGCCAGUCCAUAUCCAUAUAAGAAGUCCAUUCAUAUAAAGUGAUGCUCAGGUGUCCCACCUCAGUAAUCUCUGACUGAGUAGGCUAAUAUAGGAAUAGUCUUCUCACACUUUGUAGAAUAUUCUAAAACCUCACCUGUAUAACAGACAAGUAAGUUUUAGUGUUAGGUGAGAAACAAACAGUGUAUUUUCACACAAACAGCUGACACUGUAACAUCCUGCCUGGAUUUGAACCAGCACCCUGCAGGUUAACUCUGUUCUAUGUAAGCAGAUAACUAGGUGCUUGGUUCCGUUUGCCCCACAAUACAUUCUGUCCGUAGCGGCUCCUUCUCUACAGUUGACGUUUGGCACCCUUGCCAGAGAGUCUUUGGAUUCUUGUGCAGUAAGACCUGGCAGCCCCCGAGUAGCUGUGAUUCAGGCCCAAAGCCAAAGGUAGCUGUUAUAGAAGAGCAGGCCAAGACCCCCUGCUUGUGGUUUGUGACAAACAGGCAAGUAAA